UGUUAUUUUCUCGCUGCUGCAGUUCAAGAUGGCGUCUCUUUGUGAUUGUGUUGUGCCUUAUUAAUUUGAAAUAUGGCCUGAGGAGUUCAAAAUGACAUUUUGAGAACUCUACUUGCUUUGACAUCUUCAAAAUGGACGUUGUAAGAGAUGGAAGUAUUGACAAAAGAGUUAUUUUAAAUGAGAUAUCUAGAUGCCUAAAGACAGUCUUCACUGAAGCAUCAAGUUCUGCUCACAACUCUGUUAAUCUUAGUCUAAAUAGUCCCCUCAUUCAGAGUGUUGAUCGAUCACUUCAGCAUGGACUCGUGAAUCUUGUGCAUGGUUAUUGGCCCCUUGUUCGAACGUUCUGUCAUGCUCAGACACUCCAUUCUCUUGACAACUCUGUUGGAGUUCAAGGAUCUCAUCGUUCUAAAGCUCAGGCAUGGCUACUUUUCACUCUAGCUGAAGGUACACUUUUAAGUUAUUUGCAAUGCAUACUAGCAGAACCUCGAGCUGUAGACCGUCUGUAUGCCCCUCAUGCAAUUUUACGGGAUCCAUCAUGUGUAGCUCAGCUUUCUUCUUUAUUGACUGGAUUAGAAAGCAUCAACAUUUUAGUUGAGAACUCAAUUGACUUGAAGCGGGCACCCAUGACUUGCUCUGGUGCUGAAGAGAAUGUGAAGCCCAUUCUGGAUUUACCCUUGAAUGGUGGCCCUGGACUCUCAGGAGCCAUGACAUCUUCCAUGACUUCUUCUCUGGCUUCCCCUGGAGACUCAGGGUUUACGCAGCUUGACAGUGAGACGGAUACAGCUUCGUUCAGUGAAAUUGUGUUAGAUCCUGAUUGCACAAGUGUAAAAGAGGAUAUUGCUGUCUUGCCAAUUGACCCAUGUUCUGAGAAAACUGUUGGAAAUUCAAGCAUGUCAGAGCCUAUGACUGUCAGUGACAUUGCAAACGCAAACAUUCGUUUGGGCAUCUUGAACUCUGAUACAUCUGAUGGUUGUGUUGACUGGCCCUCAGCUGAUGAUGUGGUCUAUAGGAAACAUAAAUCUAUAAAGGGGAAGUCGUCUGAUGUUAAACAACAGAAAAGAGUAUCGUUUCAUGACAGUACUCCCGAUAUUGUUCAAUAUCAUGAGGAAAGUGAGACCCCCGAAAAAGACACAAUGGUAUUGGGCCACUCCAUCAGGUCAUCAGCAUCACACUUAUCUCGUGCAGUUGUUGAUUUAUCAUCAUUUGAAUAUGAGCAAGAAGGUGUUGAAAUUGCCAAAGAUUUGUCAAUAUUGGGCAAUGCUGGAAUUGAAGAGCUUUCUGUUAACACACAACAGAUUUCUUCCUCCUCUAAUCGUGUUGAAUCCACUCAACUUGACGUAAAGUGCUCAUCACUGCGCCAAACAUACCAAUAUAGCUCUGAAAAAGCACCAGUGGCUGAAAGAGGCACUCCAGAGGGUCAGGAAGAUCCACCCCAUCGAUGCUCAAUAUCGACCACAGUUUCUGACCCAUCACAAAUUAUGUCUAGUGAAAGAUUACGAAUGUCAAACUCCUCUCCAGUUCCGAGCUGCUCCAGUUUAAGGCCUCAGGUUAGCUCACCCCAAAGGCAACUUAACAACUACAACACAUCAUUCUUAGCUUCUUCUACUCCUAAUAGCACUAGUGUGUUAAGUCAGGCUCCCUCAAAAGCUUGUCUUGUAAACCGGUUUCUUCGCUCAAUCACUGAGAAAAAAAUUUCCAACCGCCGAUCUGAGGCAGCUUUUGCUGCUUUCAAGAGGAAAGCAUUGGCCAUGAGAAAACUGAAUUUGUAUAUUCACGAAGCGAAGCCGGAUGAUGAGUUAUCUUAUGAGCUUGAGCACGAAUUAGAAACAGAAAUGAGUCAAUUUUUUUCUGAGUCUUCGGGAAGACUAUCUGAUAGCGGUCUAACACUGGAAAUUGCAUCUUGGAGAAAUUUCUUCUGUAAUCAUCUUGGUCUCUCAAGCAAUGAGUCAGUCCUUAAAGUUCUGAAAAUGCGAGGCACUUCAGUGAAUGCAAAUGGAACAAGAGUACCAUUGAUAGUUGUACUUACAGAUACUGCUCUGUAUGUACUAGAUCAAAAGUUAAUAAAGCACUCUGUCACACUCCACUCAAGUUUGUCAUCAAUCUUGGUUGGACCAAACUCUCAGUGGAUAUCACUUAUCUCUUCAGAGAAAUCAUUCCAAGUUGAUUUAUUAGUAAGCGGAAGCAAUUGUGUAUCAGAGUUCAUUAUCUCGCUAGAAUUGGCCCUUAGAAGAAGACAUGGAAGGAAUGCAAAAUUACCGGUUGUAAUUCACUUACUGUAUGAAGAAUUCUUUGCAAUCCCACAGUGGAUGCCUGUCUUGCAGGGAGAGGAAGUGUAUCACUAUUCUGUGGUGCAUGCAAUUGAAGAGAUGCCUGGCCUCCCAUGUUCACCCAGUGAUCUUGACAUGCAGGCAUAUUUUAUGUUCAAGAAAUGUGAAAAUAACUCUGCAUGUGCUUGGGAACCGGGUUAUUUCGUAUUAAAGAACAAUAUUUUAUAUGUUUCUUCUGAUGAAGAAACACUACCUUGGCACACACUUAAUCUUCAAGGUAUUGAGUGUCGCAUUAUUUCACUUGCAUCGCGACCCCACAUUAUUGAAGUAGGCAUCUUGCAUAUAGCGGCGCCAGACAAUUUUGUUGCAAAAGAUUGGCUUGCAGCAUUUCAGAAAGCAUCGACUACUCAUGAGCCUGCUGUCCCUGGUUUGAAGCCAAAUUUUCUCAGUGGUUCAUUAGUGUUAACUGAAAGUCGGUUAAUGCUGAUAAGCACAUUAGGUAUACCUAAAAAUGAUUUAGAUAAACCAGCUAAACCAUCAUUGACUGCUUUUGUAACAGAUGUGUCAUCAGUAAAAAUUGGUGGAAAAGAUUCCUGUUGGUGUGUCUUGGAGUUUGCAUGCCGUGAAGUCCACGAAUCUGGAGGCGACUAUAUUAUUUUCUUCAGCACAUCCAGUGAAAUGUUAUCUUUUAGAGAAAACAUAAGGAAAUUGAGUCCUAUCUUAGACCAGGGUAAUAGUUUGGUACUACAAAAAGAAACUCUUCAAAGUCGAUGUAAUGAGAUGUCAGCUGCUCUUUCCAAUGGAUGGUCCAUAGAAGAACACAUUAGUAGUUUACAUUAAUGGAGAUGCACAAUAGUGCAUUAUGAAAAAGAAAAUUUGUUUCGCCAUGAACAGAUUUGUUCGACCAGUGAUUUAUGUAACAGUUUUAAGUUCCUAAUUUAUUCAAGCCCAUUGACAGUGAUUGACUUUGGGUCAAACUCCAGAAGUUCUGUUCAGAUUGGUAUGUUACAAAAUUUCAACUGCUGCUGGCAGCACCAGAAAACUUAAACAUCCCCUUGGCCUGGAAAUGGGAUGAACGCAUUUCUGGCUAUUUGCUUUCUCUUACUUUUACAAAUUUUAUUUUUGGGCUCUCUUUUUAACCAGGUUAAUUACUGUUAAGCUCUACAAGUAUUGCAUUGUAGAGGUCCAUUUAUUGGUUUUGGCUCUUUUUUUUUAUUAAAUGUGAUUUUUAUCUUUCAAUGUUUUUUUUUUUUUUUUUUUUUGCGUCAUUUGAAAUGAUUGCUUCUCUAAGCAGCACCCUAGAUAACUAUUGUGAUAUUUAAUAAUUCUUUAAGAAUGUAAAUGUAGUGGUUUGUUGUAUAGCAUAAAUCACAACUCUCUUUCCCAUGCCUUGAAAUUGAUGGUUUUGGUUGUGAUUGUAAUGGUUUUUGGACAAUGGUGGCAUAGUGGCUUGACUUGCAAUUUUAAGGCAAAUUUUUACAUCUAAUUGUUAGAAAAUAUUGUGGGCUUAGCCCUGUAUUGUUACUAUGCUUUGAUUCAUAGCUUUAAUUGUUGCUGCACUAUUGUAUUACGUCUUUGUCUUUCUUUCUUAAAUGUUUUUUUUUCAUAUGCUUGCAUUGUGCUAAUCUUAUUCUAGUCAUUUUCUCUUUUUCUGAACUUGGGUUGGUAGAGAAAAAUUUGUUUUACCUUUGAUGUGAUAAUAAUGAAUUAAUUGAUGUGCAAUUCUGGUUGUUGUUUAGGCUGAUGUGACUGACUGAAGGAAUUUACGUAUUUCAUUUUUCUGUGGUGAUUUGCUUGAAUGCCUAUGUAGCUGCUGUAGUGUGAAAGGGCCUUCAAUGUGGUAUGGUAUGAAUGAUUAAUGUGGACCGUGAUAUUGAUCUUGUAUCUUAUCUCGUGUUCUUGUGAAGAAGACUGGAAUGAAGACUGAGGUUGCAUACUGCUGGAUGUUGCAAAAACAAGGAAUGGUUUGGACAUGCAAUCACACACCUUUACUGUUAAAAAAAAAAAAAAAAAUAGGUAUUACUCCAUUGGGCUUGUCUUGGUCACUUUUCUUAUCCAAAUAAAUUGUCAUAGAUAGGCAAAGAUA